ACGCAUAUGUUGAAAGUGCUGCUUUAAAGAUACUGAAAGUUAAAAGGGCAGGUUAUUAAGUUAAUGCGCUGCAAUUAGGCUACAAAUUAUUCAGUUCUGUCACUCACGAACACGCUUUAUUAACAGCUCAAAAGGUUAUGGUUUUCAUCCGGAACGCACCUCAAAGCAACUUUACGUCAGUAUUCUCAGACUGUCCAUGUUCUCUCAGUAGCGAACAGGCAUUGGAUAGCUGUAUUGAGCAUAAAUACCAUUGGCUCACUCAGCUGUCACUGUUGUGUUUCCGGGCUGAACGUGGCAACGUCUGGACAAAGCACGGUAUGAAUAUGGUAGCAUGGAUUAUUCAAAUUGCCAUGGUGGCAAUGAGUAUCUUAAUCGAAACUGCUGAAGGGAAAAAAGACAAGGUGCUGUAUUGUUCAGCAUGCAGGGCUGUUGUUGAUGAGCUCAAUUAUUCAAUCAGUCAGAUUGAUCCAAAGAAGACCAUUCACGUGGGAGGUUUCCGACUCAACCCUGAUGGAAGCCUGACCGAUAAAAAGGUCCCUCUUGCUAGAUCUGAGGCCAACUUGAGUGAGCUCCUGGAGGGAGUUUGUGAUAGCAUGAGUGACUAUGCGCUGCAUGUGGAUCCAGACACCAAGAAAAAACAAUACAAGAGGUUUGCUCCAAGAGGUUCCGACACUGGGGAUUUUCCUGAUUUUAACCAUUUCAAGUUUGAUGGUCCAGAGGGAUCCAAUUCCCUAAAGUUUGCGUGUGAAAGCAUUGUGGAGGAGUUGGAAGAUGAUAUCCUCUCUCUGUUUGCCAAAGAGACUGACCAUGUGGUCGACAAGUUAUGCAAUGAAGUAUCAGAUCACUGUAGAGAUACCACAUUCCAGAGUGAUGAACUAUAGUUUAACAUGCAUCUCUGCCGUGGAUGAUCGGACCAGUUUAUAUUUUAAAUGAAGAAACUAUGCCUAAAGGAUUUUGUCAGUCAACUUGAAUACACUGAAAUAAAGUUUUUGUAAAUGAUGA